AUGAGAUUCGAGCACUUCAUCACAGACGAACAGCAAAAAGCCCUCCGGGUCUGUUGGGAUCGUUUAUUGCACACCAAGCCGAAGCACCUCCUCAAGAAAGACAAAAACCGCUCAGCUACGGACGCAUACCAUUUUGGCACAUGGGAGGUGACUGGUGCGCAGCCCCGCCUGACUUCGGAGACUGAGGCACAGUCUCUUGAGGCUAUCAAGGUGAUGGAUGACCUUUUGUUUUUUAUUAAAACUGCCAUCGCUCCCAAAGUUUCCACUGUAUUUAAGGAUCAUGCGCCGAUCCAAUGGGAGGCAAUUCAAAAAGCUUAUACUCGUGCGCAUCAGCACCUCGGGCAUAAAUACCAGUUGCGUCCAAAUCUCGAUAUGGGAGGACCUUUUUUUGCAAUCGCCGCAAAAGAAUCGGGGUCAGGGGUCGUGCACAUCGACUGGAAUGACGAUCGUGCGCUCUAUACUUUUGUUUUUGCGGUUGGUGACUGGGAGGGAGGGGAGUUCUGUGUCCCGCAAUUAGGCAUCAAAAUUCCCGUUCGCCCCGGUCAACUAUUGGCAGUCUUAGCUCGGGUCCUCGCUCACUUUAGCGCUCCAGUCACAAGUGGCCGUAGAAUAGUAUUUACUUGUUUCACGGACCGUUUGCUUUUCCGUCACAGUCAUAAUAUUCCAGUAGUUGUCUUGGCAUAG